CAUUUAUACAGCGAAAAGUGAUCGUGCAUGGUCGCACACACGAGGUGGCUUUUGAAAAGUUUUCUUUUAUUGAAAAACGUGAAUUUAGUGCAAACUAGAAGAUUUCAGAAUGGCUAAAUUUCGUUCCAAGCUGAAGAAGAAGGUAGGGAGCAAACGGUGGGCUCGGGGUACGGCUUCGUCGUCGAAUCCGGAAACGAACAAGCACCGAGCCAAGGCGAAGGGGCGAUUCUUCCAAUCGAAUCUGAGCUUGGCUCCAGCUCCGGCUGCAGAUGGUUCCCCGGCCAGUCGCCUAACUUUGGAAGCAGUUCUGAAGCACGAUGCAGUCCAGUCCUAUAGCGGUGGGGCCAAGGCGGACAAGGGUGGCCCGACCGUGAACGAUAUAGCGGAAAGUAUGCGAUCGUUCAGUAUGAACGAGAUCCUGGAGGGUGCGGAUGGAAUGACUGAGUCCCAGCUAGGAACUUUCAAGACGUUUCAAACAUUUGCCUCGAACUAUAGCGCCUGUAGUAAUAUGAGUUUCAAAAAGCUGUUGAACAAUUUUCGAGCUGAUUCUCAGCUGCAGAAGGACAUGUUGGCUAUUUUGGCUGCCUUGACGGAAGUCUUGAAGGAAAAGGGUGGCGGCCAAAGUAGCACCGAGUAUUUUCUGGCGUUGAUGGAAACGAUUGAAGCUACCAAGGAAGAAAACGACACGGUGGCAGCCGUUUCACUUUUGGCCAUGGGAAUCAAAUCAGUACCGGAAGCUGUUCUGAGGAAGAAAUUCUCCGAAACGGCUCAGUCCUUGUUGUCACUGUUGGAACGGUUUGCCGAAACCGAUAAUCAAAAUGUGAUGCGCAGUGUGAUCGGAUGUUUGUCCGUUUUGCUGCGUGCCCAGGAAUAUUCACAGUGGAAGCUCUCGUCGACGGUUAAAUUUCUGGAUGCAAUUUUGGCCUUUGUCAUUCACAGCAAACCAAAGGUACGCAAAGCAGCUCAACAUGCGGUGGUGGCCAUCAUCCAUGGCAGUUGCUUCAUGCUGCCGCCGAAGCCGGACAAGGAGGAAGACGAGGAUAAAAUGUGCGACGAAGAGCCGACAAAACUGUUGGUCAAAUGCCACCCUAUCGGCGGUCGGGUAGCCAAGUUCUGCGUGGGCCAGUUUAGCCCGGAAAAUAUCGCCAACAACCAGACGGUUGUGCUUCACACCUUGGGACUUUUGCACAAUGCCCUCGCAGGGUUUUCCAAGGACGACAUCAAGUUGGUGGCCGAAAGUCUGCUUUCGAUCAUGACCGCCACCAAUGUGCUGAUUCGGACGAACUGUUUCCAAACCUUCCAUUCGCUGUUCUCUUCCAGAACAGAAAAUCUUACCCCGCCGCUAGCCGGUAAAUUACUUGCGGCACUCUACGAUUAUCGUCCGGACAAAUCAGACUGCAAGCAGAUUAUCGCGUGGUUAGCUGUACUUAAGGAAGGUCAUCUUUUCUUGGCCAAGCACAAUCUUACCAUGUGCAGCAGUGCAUUGCCCCGAUUUGUGGAAAUUUGCGUACGAGAUUUCUGGGGUUCCGACAAAAUGGAAGUCGUUUCAGCUGCUUCCAAUUCGUUAAAAGAUAUUCUGUACGAAUGUGUACAACCGUGUUGUGAAGAUGAGGAAGUCGAGAAGCACCGUGUCCCGACUGACCGGGUGCUGAAAAGUAUCGCGGAAACCCUCAACUCAGCACCAUUUGGUCAUGCUUCCAAUCAAGUGUUAAUUAUAAUGGCUAUUUCGUUCGACAUUGCUGGCAAACAUUUCGGAGAAACCUUGGCUCCAGCCCUUAAAACCUUAGGAAACCGUUACGAUCCACAAUCGUCCUCUCGCAUCCAAGUUGAACACGCAGUUCUUCAAGCAAUCGGUUCCAUGGACACAGGAUUGGUCCUACAAUGCAUCCCACUGGCAGAGGAAUCCGGUAAAAUUGAUCUGGAGCGAACCUGGUUGCUUCCACUACUUCGAGAAGGACUCAAUCAAUCGCGGUUGGAAAUAUUCAACAACGUCAUCUUGAAGCUAGCCUACCAAUGCUAUAUGCUGUGGAACAAAUUCAAAGAGUCCGAUAACAAACACCAGGCUCACAUUUUCGAACUGCUCAGCUGUCAACUUUGGGGUCUGUUCCCUGGUUUCUGUCGUCGGCCUAAGGAUGUUACUAACUUCCGUUUGAUAGCAAAAACUCUCGGUACAGUCCUGAACGAAAAUGCCGACUUCCGAGCACCCAUACUGGACGGUCUUAAGGAACUCAUCAUCCAUCUCGAAUCAGACAGCGACAAGGCUGAGGUUGGCAAAUAUGCCAAAAACUUCCUUCCUCGUCUGUUCAACAUCUACACCACAAAGCCCAAAGGCAGCUAUGAGAACGAAGUUCGCCAGACCACAUUCGAGACCAUCAAAGCUUUUCUUUCGAUUACACCUAGACCGAUUCUCGAAGAAAUGCACAGCGUAGCGGUCGAAUCGAUGACCUCCAAAGCUCCGGGAACGUUCAUCUACGAUAUGUUGUUCGACAUCGUCGAACAGCUGUCCCUGUACCAAUCGGCGGAAAAGCUAGACGACAUCUACCAACGAUACAUCACGGCCAUUCUGAAACGAGACAAAACUCAGGAAACGGUCGCCAAAACGAAUGCCAACGUUCGCCGCCAAAUGAAGAAAGCCUUCAAACUGUUGCGCGAAAUUUUGGCCUCCGAUAAUGGGGGGUGCGUCGAAUUUGUCCAGAAUAAACGGGGCAACAUUGAAAAGCUCCUGUUGGGAACGCUCCAUUCUACCUUUGACGGCAUUCAGGCACCACGUUUGGCCUGUCUCAAGUUGAUGAUCGAAAAGAAUCCGGACAGUAAGAUCGGAAACAAAAUCAUCACCCGAACCGUACCGGAAGCAAUUGCGUCCUACAAUGUGGAAGCCGUCAAGCAGGAGAAUCUGUCUAACGAUCUCAUCGAAAUGGUCGGCAACAUGUAUAACAGCGAAGGUAAAAUCAACGAGUUCGUGGACAUGUUGAUCGCGGGCUUCACCGGCGAUAGUGCUCUGAUCUGCAACACCAUUUGGGUGCUGAAGAACGUUCUGCAAACUUUUACCGGCACCCUUAAAGUGGACACGCUACGCUUCAUGCUGGAACAGGUGCUCACAUUUGUGGUCGGCAACAACCGCAGCGAGGUCGAUGCCGCACUGAACUUCCUGCUCAUCUACAUCAAGAUUCUACCGAUCCCGUUGGUCACAAACUAUCUGGCGUUGAUUGUGAAAGCUCUUUCGAAAAUGGUUGCCGAUACCAAGCGCCACUGUCGGUUGAUUGUGGGGUACACGUUGACACGGCUGUGUAAACGAUUCGGAGCGGAUGAGAUUGUUAAGUUGGUUCCCGGUAACGAUGAAACCACGCACAAGCGGUUGAAGAAGAUUCGAAAGGAUCUGGCGCGGGCCAAGCGAAAUAAGCUGGAGGAUUCGAAGAAAAAACGAAAGGGAGCCGACAGCGAUGACGAUGAUGAUGUAGAUGACGAACUGGCCGGGCAUUUAGAGAAGAAGAGUUUGACGAUCGAUGAUAUUCUGGCAGAUUCCGAUUCUGAUUCAGACUCUGGUGUGGAGGACGAAAAGAAGGCUCGUAAAAAGAUGAACACUUUCAUCAAGGAAUCUCCGGACAAUAUAGUUGAUUUGGCGGACUUGGAUGCCAUCAGCAAAAUUACAACAUCCCGGCCAAUGGAUCAAUCGGAACCGGGUACAUCAGAACAGGGCCGAAAGGCGUUUGCUAAAAAGAAGGACGCCAAUCGUGGCUUUGCCACGGCAUCCGAUGGCCGUCUGAUCAUCGAAGAUAUCGAAGACUACUCGGAUUCGGACGAGGACCCGGAUGAGAACGUUGGCUACAAGGAUAAGGCCAAGAAGCGAGUUUACGAUCAGGACGAUAGUGACAGUGACGACGAUGAAGACGAUAAGAAAGAAGCAAUGGAUGAGGAUGAAGGUCCUUCUAGGAAGCGUAAGGCCAUGGAAGCGAUGAGUAUGCGGUCGGGUAUGAGUGGAUAUGUGGCCGGCGGCAAGGGUAUCCAUCGACCGGUGGCAGCUUCCGUUAAGUCUGGCUACAGCAGCAAAUCGGUGAAAUCGAAUAAGAGUGCUCGGACGGCCAAAUCGUAUGCGUCCACCGGUACCGAGUACAAGAGCAAGAAGGCUCAGGGCGACAUGUUGAAGAAGGGCAAACACGAACCCUAUGCGUAUGUUCCGCUGAGCAGGAAUUCUCUCAACAGGAGAAAACGUGCAAAAAAUUCUGGCCAAUUCAAGAGUAUUGUGAAGGGUGCCAGGAAGGGGGCCGCGGCCGGCGCCAAGAAUCGCCUGCUGAAGAAGAGUGGUGGUUCGAAGAAAUCAUCCUAAACUCGGACACAUAUGUGGUAAGUGUAGUUAUAAAAUUUAAAUUUUUUUAUUGGAUUUUUAAAUAUGAUUCAAUAGUAUUUUUAUGCUAUUACACGUCGCAACGUGUGGAAAUAUAUGGAAAACAUGUAAAUACAUUCUAAUACAAAAUAAACACACAAACAAAUA